AUGCCUAUGUCCCACGACGAUAAGAUAUGCACGACCCUCCUGGGGUCGAUAUCGGUGGUGGGGUUCAUAGGGAUCGUAGUGUCGAAGUACUUCGAUCUACAGAAAGCCAAGUUGCAGCAAGGCAUCUCUGUCACGGUGGAGAGUUUGGGAGAUAGAGAGCUUUGGGCUUUAGGAAACAGGAUCGACCAAGAAAAGUGGUGGAGAGUACAAUACGGGAUGAAGGAUGCUCAACAGCCCCAGCAAUCGCAGAAGUCGUCAACAACGACCAAGAAAACGGGGCGAAUAUCGAUAAAGACUGAGAACCCCUAUCGACAUGUGGUGGUCGAAUAG